UUUUCAGUGGGUUCAGUGAGGCUGGUCUACUCACGAGCUCUUCAUAAUUUUCUCGCUUCUCUUGAUUUUCUUUGUUACUGGUUAUUUCUAACUACAUGCUUUGGUCUACUAUAUUUCCCUGCUAUCUUUUCAUUGUAUCACAUAGUUGUUUCACAUUUCCCUCUGUUGUAGCUUUUUCCGCUGUCAUUGCUAGGUCUUCCACAUAUUUCCGCUUGUCAGCUCUAAUGCCCUUCACUCCCUUGUUUGCCGCUGUAUAUUGAACCUGUCUGUUUCCUUCCUCUGCUUUUAUUCGGUUAUUGUUGAUUACUGUCUUUUUAUUCUCGCCUUCUUGAAUCUUGGUCAGGGCAUCAAUAAAAAUCCGUUGUUUAUGGUGGUGCUUCUUGAGGUCCAGCACUUCGUAUGUUGAGGCUAUUGCGUCUUCAACCCUUUUCCAUUUUUCAAUAGCGGUUUCCUCUCUUGGAUAGAUCUCGCAAGACUUGUUGCUGAAAAGUAUUUUGGACUCGCCGGACUUGCUGAGAUCUCGAAGGACGCCUGUACCCAAUGCUUCUUUAGUCUCAGCUUAAGUUUAUCCACCAUAAGUUGAUGAUCCGAAGCUACAUCAGUUGCUUUGUUCUGACGUGUUCGAGAGACUUCUUAAAUCUUUUACCUAUGCAAACUUUAUCGAUCUGGUUCUUUGUGGUGUGGUCCAGCGAAACUUGCAACUUUGUGGGUGUGUGUGGAAUAAUGCCACCUAUGAUCAUGCUGUUAAAAACAUAGAUAUAUAAUCUCACCAUUCUCAUUUCUUUCUCCCAGUCCAUAUUGCCUCCUUAUACAUCCGUACCCGCUGUUAUCUAUCCUUACCUUGGUAUGUAGAUCCCUCAUCAGGAUGAUCAGGUGCUUUCCUGGACAUUUUUAUGAGAUGAACUUCAGUUUGUCACAAAACUGUUCUACAUCGUCUUGACUGCCGUGACGGUGGUGUGGUGGUUAUUAUGUCUACCUUCCAAAAAGCAAUAGUAUUUAGGAGACCCUUGACUACAACCUGUGGAACAACAGCCCAAAAAGAAUUUGAUUAUCAAAAUAAUCGUCGUUCUACACAUGGCAUGCAUUCCAUACAUAAGGACCAAGAGCAAUAUAAUCGUGACUUGAUGACUCAGUAUGAAAUAAAUCGGGCCUUGUUUCUGGCUAAUCCACCUCCAUCCGUUUUAGCUAGUCGUAAUCGUGGUCGCGGUAACAAUAGUAAUAAAGUAAAUGAUAGCCGUCGAAUAGAUAUACAAAAACAUUCUUUAAAUCAACCUGUACUAAAUGGAUCACGGAUGGAUCGUUCAACAGUUUUUCGGUCGACAUUAGAUCAGCAGCGUACUGUUUUUCCCUCGAAAUCAAUCAAAGAGCGUGGAUUUUACAAUUUAGAUUGUGAACAUGACGGUCGGGAAGCAUUUUCCAAAAAUUCUCGUGGCCUUACGCGACAUUCACGAGUUCAUUUUCAAAAUAAUUUUCAUCGUGGACAAGGUUUAAGACAGUACUGGGGUCAUGAUGAUAGAUUUGAAAAUCACGAGAAUACUCCAGGACUUCGUGUUCAAAAUUCUUUUCACAAUGGAGAUUCUAAAAUUCGUCAUCAUUCUGGUGAUGAAUAUAUUGAUGAUUUAACACCAGAGGAUAUUGCAAAGUACAAAUUAGAAAUCAAUAUGGAUAAUUUCAUUGUAGAUCGGCCUAUUCUACCUGAUCCAAUAUUAUCUGUACCAUUAUCUAAAUGGCAAUCAGAUGAUUUAUUGUUAUUAGUUUCUGAUUCAUCAAAAAAAUAUGAUAAAUUAAAAAAGAUCUCUUUUAAUUGUCGUUCUUUUAUUAAUGAAUUUCAGAAACAACCACACUCUCUACAUCAUCAUUAUCAACAUCAACACCGACCAAAUCAUCAUUACUACAAUCCUCCCAAUAAUCGUUAUUAUCCACCUCAUCAUAAACAGCCUCAAAAGAAUUAUUCGAAUGCUCAUUACACACAAUUAUAUAAUUCAUCUAGGAAAGAGCCAGUUCGUUCAAAUAAUAAAAUACGAGGUUCAUACAGUAGCGGAUACAAUACUAAGCAAUAUCAAACUGACGAGAAAAACAAGCCUAGGUGUUCCACAAACAAUGAUAAAAUUCCAGUGAGUGGAAUGAACAUUAGUGAAGACAGUCAAGUUGGUACUGAUGAGCCGAUUCAAACAAAUGAUCCUACUGAAGAUUCCCCAUAUUUUGAGCUGGACUUUGCUAGCGGAAUUUUCGACGUACAAAUUCACGAGCGAGCUAGAUCCUUUUUAACUUUAGGUAUCGAUGACAGUGAGCUUUCUCAAAGUGAUUGCUACACAAAUAUAUCUGAAUUAAAUACGCAUGGAAUGCAUCGAAGUCACUCUCUUCCGUCACUUAGAGACUUGGAAAGAAAUUACCAGCCACAUUCAUUUGAGGACUGUACAACACCGACGAUCAGCCUUAAUACUGAAGGAGCUGCAGAUUUAUCAGCGGAAGUUAAUGCAGUAACUACCUCAGUAGAAAAGACAAAUAUAAAAUCUGACAAUAACGUAAAUAUAUCGAGUGAAAAUGUUUGCGGUAGUGAUGUAGCACAAUAAUGCAAUAAUAUGGAGAACGAAAACGGACGAUAACGCAAUGAUCUCUCAAAAAUGUAAUGUUUGGAUCACUAACAGUCAAAUGUAUAGCCUCAUUGUUUCUCUUUACCUCUUCUUAGAUUUUUUACUUGUGUGACUUCGAACAUGUUUUUACUCACUGAUUGUUAUGACAUCACCUUAACUGCAAUGAGAUACUUCACUCGCUCCUUUGUGAUUAUGGAUUAACUUGAUUGAUGAUAUUGUUUACUAUUUGCUAGUUUUCUAUGACAAACUUAUUGAUAAAUGAAAGGCCAUAUCAGUCAUAU